AUGGCGACGGAGCUGACGGCGGCGCAGCUGCGGGCGUACGACGGCACCGACGCGUCCAAGCCGAUCUACGUCGCCAUCCGCGGCAAGGUCUUCGACGUCUCGGCCGGGCGCGGCUUCUACGGGCCCGGCGGCGACUACGCGCUCUUCGCCGGCCGCGAGGCCGCCCGCGCGCUCGCCAAGAUGUCCAAGGACGCCGCCGACGUCUCCGGCGACCUCUCCGGCCUCUCCGACAAGGAGCUCGGCGUGCUCGCCGACUGGGAGUCCAAGUUCCAGGCCAAGUACCCCGUCGUCGCCCGCCUCGCCGCCUGA